AUGUGCAUGCCAACAGGCAAUGAUGGUACAUUGCACUUUGAAAGAAACACAUGGGGGCUCGUUCCCGCUCUAUUUUUUUUCUUCUAUCACUACUGUUAUUUAUUCUGCUACUUUCUAAAUCCCCAACCCUUUUCUAGUCGUACCGCACUCACCCUCUUUCCCGAAUUUUUUCCAUCCCCGGUUUACUCCGAACCACCCCGUAACGACCUGAACAUAUUAUCCAUACCCCUUUUCCUCACAAUCGCCCAUAGCAGAAGGAAGGGUUUGUAUCGUACCCAGUUAUUAAUGCAGAGUAGGGUGGUUUCGUCCGCGGUCAUGUUUCUUGGCGGUAUCGCCGGCGCCGUAAAGUCUCUGCCGGCGUUUGUCACGUCGAGCUUCGGUGCCAUUGUCGACCCGGAAGAUGGUAGAGGAAGUGCGGCAUUUGCUGAGAUUACAGCGUUAACAGCCUUGCAUCACAUGCAGCGGCUGAUGAUGGCGGACGAAAUGGGACGCUCGAUAUUAAAAGAGAGACCGCAGGUAACGGACGAGACAUUGGAGUUUGCUAAGACACAACCAGAGGGAACAUUUGGGUACCGGUACGCAGCAUUUAUGAAACGAAACAAUUUUCUACCGAGUGGAAGGGCACCCAUCCUGCACGUUAGCGACCCAACGCUCGCAUACGUUAUGCUUCGGUAUCGGCAGAUUCACGACUUUGUUCAUGCAUAUGUAGGCUUAGGGCGGACAAUCGAAGAGGAGUUGGCAGUGAAACUCUUCGAGUGGCAGCACACGGGCCUUCCGGUUGGACUUAUGGCGGUAUUGGGUGGUAUGCCAUGGCUCAGGAUGGAUCAGAUCCUUAACAUGGGCAUGUAUAAUGAGUGGGCACGUGCCAAUGCUCCCCGUCAGUUACACGGAAAGCGCUUUGUUUCAUGUAUACUUAACGUGCCGUGGGAAUGGUACUUGGAUAAACCGUAUGAGCAGCUUGUGGAUGACGUAGGUAUCGUGCCACUAGAUGCAUUUCUAAAGGAAAGGAAAAGUGGCGGAUUACACGAUUCAUGA